CAUCUUUGUGGUUCCCAACAAAAAGCAAUGACAAUGUAUGGUGCUCUGGAGAGUCAGGAUGGAGAGGAUCAUCUUUCCGGUAUUGGUGGUGGAUCAGCCUCACAUAAUAAUAAUACCACGAUGAUGAUGGACAAUCAUAAUAAUAAUAGGAGAAGAAGAACACAUCAACAUGAUGUAAUGGAGGAUGAUGAAACUGCUCAGGAAUUGACAUCCUUUUCCAUGUUGAAUGCUCACCCGACUGUUGAUCCAAUAGCAGUGGAAAAUGAUGAAUUGGGUUUGGAUGGACAAUUAGAGGUUCAAGACAAGUCGAAAUUUGUUAGGUUUUUGAGAAUGUUGUGGAAUUGGAUAAUACAUAAUUUAAUGUUGAUAUUGACAUUGAUUGGUGUUGUGUUGGGAUUGAUUAUUGGAAUUAGUUUGAAUGUUUCGGCUCAUGGCUCGAAUCCUACCAUUGAAAUUUCACAAAUGACAAUUGAUUUUUUGAAAUUACCUGGUGAAUUGUUUUUGAGAGCUUUGAAUUGUUUGAUUGUUCCAUUGAUUGUGUCCAGUAUGGUCACAUCUAUUACAUCCAUUGUCGAUACCAUUAAGGAAAAUGAUACACCACCAGCCAAUUCAAGACAAUCCAUUGAUAAUUCUCAAGAUUCUAAUACUGAACCAAUUGUUAGUGGUAGUACUAAUAAUAAUAAUAAUGGAACUAUGAAUGAUAAUUAUGCUCAAGUACAAAAGAAGAAACACUCUGCACUGAUGAAGAUGGCCUGUUUAACUUUGAGUUUUUAUUUAAUGACAACGUUUAUUGCAGUUGUUACAGGAUUGGUGAUGGUCAAUUUGAUUCAACCUGGAAAGAUUAAUAUUAAUCAAAAUAAUGAAACAACUCAAUCAACUCUCUACUUUAAUAAUCAACCAAGUAUCAAUUUACAAGGUGAAAUGUAUCCAAUUGGAGGUGUGAUGGGUGUUUUCGCAACCAAUAUGCUUAUGGAUACUAGUAUCAAUGGAACUAAUAAUUCAACUGGUGGAGAUAAGAGUUCUUAUCAUCAAAUUAUUUCAAUUAUUGAAAGCUUUGUUCCAAAUAAUCUUAUUGAUGCAGCAUCCAAUACUGUUGGUGGAAGUGUCAAUGUUUUAGGAUUGAUUGUGUUCUCCAUUUUCUUUGCUCUAGUUAUGUUAGCAGUUGGUGAGCCAGCAAAACCAAUAAUCAAGAUUUUCAACUCACUCAAUGUUAUAAUUUUGAAAAUGGUGAGCAUUAUCAUUUGUUAUGCUCCUAUUGGUAUUAUGUUUUUAAUUAUUUGGAGAUGUGUGAAGGAGAAGGAUUUGUUACAGGCCAUGUCUCAAUUAGCUCUCUAUAUUGCUACUGUAUUCUCUGGAUUGGCAUUCCACUCGUUUGUUACGCUUACUUUCUUGUACACGAUUUUGGUGAGAAGGAAUAUUUUGAAACAUUUAUUGGCAGUUUUUCCAGCCCUUUUAACUGGUAUGGGCACAGCUAGUUCCAGUGCAACUCUUCCUUUAACAAUGAAAUGUUGUGAAGAGAGAGGAAACAUUCAAAGGGAGGUGGCAUCAUUUGUGUUGCCACUUGGAAGCACUGUAAACAUGGACGGUACAGCAUCUUAUGAGGCCGUUGCUUGUAUUUUUAUUGCUCAGGCCCUUGGUAUUGAAUUGAGUAUUGGACAAAUGAUCAUUGUUGCAAUCACAGCCACUUUGGCCUCGAUUGGUGCUGCUGGUAUUCCUGAAGCUGGACUUGUCACUCUCAUUCUCGUGAUUGAAUCUGUUGGAUUACCAAAAGAAUCUGUUGGAUUAAUUUUAUCGGUAGAUUGGUUUUUGGAUCGUGCCAGAACUACUGUUAAUAUUUAUGGAGAUACUAUUGCUGCAGGAGUUGUCAAUCGUUAUGUACGAUUUGAUGAAAUUUCAUCAGAAAAUUCUCCAUCUGCCAGCGCCAACUCCACUACUAUUGAAAAGAACACAACUGAAAAAACAAGACUUGUUUAAUAGGUAAUAAUAUUUAAUAAUUUGUAAACUAUUAAACUAUAUAAUAGUAAUUAACAUUAUAAAUUUUUGUAAUUAACAUUAU